CAGCGCAUUUUCCAACACUACCCUCCAAACCGCGGCCAAAUCUUAUCCGUAUUCCUGGUGUUUUUGUUUAUUAUACCCCGAAAUGAGUGAUAAAACCAAGGAGGAUCGAAAGCGUAGUGCUCCAGAAGAGGAGGAGGAACCUCAGAAUGGAACAGCGCUCGAGAAAGAGGCGGAGGGCGAGGAGGACGCUUGGAUAGGACCGAUGCCUUCAGAGCAAAGCGCCCCUGUGGCGGCAAAGAAAAAGAAGGUCCUUCCCUACGAACACAUUUACCUGGAGAACCUGCCCAAUGCCGAGAGCUACGAAAGGAGCUACAUGCACCGCGAUGUAAUCACACAUCUAGUUUGCACUAAGACAGAUUUCGUGGUUACCGCCAGUCUGGACGGCCACAUCAAGUUCUGGAAGAAGGGCGAGCUAGGCAUUGAGUUUGUCAAGCAUUUCCGCAGCCAUCUUGUACCCAUAAAAUCUCUAACCACGAAUGAUAGUGGCACGCUGCUCUGCUCGGCGGCCACGGAUCAGACGGCCAAGGUCUUCGAUGUGGUCAACUUUGAUAUGAUAAACAUCAUUCGCUUGGGUUACACACCGCAGUGCAGUGAGUGGAUAAAUGGACCAGGAGACGCCGUACAGGGAUUGGCCAUUUCGGAUUCGGAGAGCAGCUGCAUACACAUCUACGACGGACAAGGAGGCGGAGAAGUCCUGAACACUCUAGAGAAACUUCACUCGGCGCCUGUGGUGGCCAUGUGUUUGAAUGUGGCCAUGGAAACAGUCAUCUCUGUGGAUCGAAACGGCAUUCUGGAGUACUGGCAGAACUCCAAGCACGACUACAAGUUUCCGCAGCGCCUGGUCAACUUUGACUCUAAACUCGACACAAGCCUCUUUGAGUUUGCCAAACAAAAGACCCAAGUCACGGGUUUGGCUGCCACUCCAGAUGGCAAGCGUUUUGCCGCCAUUUCCACAGAUCGCAAAGUUCGCGUUUUUCAGUUCAAUACGGGCAAGUUGAUUCGGGUAUUUGAUGAAGCUCUUGCCACCUACACCCAAAUGCAGCAAACGCAGCACGCAUUGCCCAACAUGGAGUUCGGCAGAAGGAUGGCGGCUGAGCGAGACUUAGAGAAGACUGCUCAAAACACAACCCUCAAUAUUUUGUUCGACAGCACCGGCAAUUUUUUACUUUACCCUACGAUGCUGGGUAUCAAAGUGAUCAAUGUUGUAACAAAUCGCUGUGUUACUAUUCUGGGAAAAACGGACAACAUUCGGCCCCUGCAGGUGGCCCUUUUUCAGGGAAGAAUCAAGCGACAAAAAGCUGCAAUAACAAUGGAGCAGGAGGCCAGUGAAAACCCCGCUUUGCAGAAUAUUUUAAAUGAUCCAACAGCGUUUUGCACUGCCUACAAGAAAAAUCGGUUCUACUUGUUCAGCCGAAGAUUGCCGUCGGAUCUGCAGGAUGUGGAUCGUGAUAUAUUCAACGAGAAGCCUUCGAAGGAGGACAUUAUCGCAGUGCCAGAAGCCACAGACGAAGUCGUGCAACGUAUUUAUGAGAACGUGGUGCUGCACACCACGAAGGGUGAUGUCCAUAUGAAGUUGUUCUUUAAGGAGGUUCCAAAAACCGUGGAAAACUUUUGUGUUCAUGCGAAAAAUGGGUACUAUAACGGCCACAUAUUUCAUCGCGUGAUCAAGGGAUUUAUGGUGCAGACUGGCGAUCCUACGGGAACGGGCACGGGCGGAAAAUCCAUCUGGGGAAGCGAUUUCAAAGACGAAUUCGUCCAGAGUUUAAAACACGAUCGUCCCUAUACGGUUAGCAUGGCGAAUGCGGGGCCAAACACGAAUGGCAGCCAGUUCUUUAUAACAGUCCUGCCCACGCCUUGGCUCGACAAUAAGCACACUGUUUUCGGACGAGUUUAUCGCGGCAUGGAAGUGGUUCUCAACAUAUGCAAUUCAAAGGCGAAUCCCAAAACGGACAAGCCCUACGAUGACAUUAAAAUAAUAUCCAUACACUUAAGUAAUUAAACAGAGAUUGUAAAUACAAAUUUAAAUGUUCAAAUAUUUAA